CUUUGAAGAGAUCAUAACAACUCGGUGACAUAGUAGCAACAAGACAUCGGGCUGUUUGAACUCGUUUUUACUUUCUGUCGAAGACGAUAAGAGCACAACAAAGCUUUUGAACCUAAAAAUGAGAUUUCUCCUCGCCACUACGCUUCUAUUUGCGUUGUUGGAACAAAGCAAUGCCCUGAAUUCUGCCGUCCCCAAGGCGUCUCAAACACGCGCACCGGUCGUACUUUCUGCUGUAUCCACAGAGCUUGAAGUCAGCCCCAAGGCUACGGCUGGUAACAAUGAUGACAUUGAUGCUGGCGGAGUUGAGUUUCCACCCCCUUUGUCUCCGAUGGAUAGAACGAAACGCGCCGCAACAUUUUAUUCGACAAUUGUUCCCAUUAUCGCAAACUAUUUCGGACUGAUCGGAAACUUGAAAAUACAGGAAGUGUUGGGAACAGAAAGAUUUAGCGAGCAAGAUAUCGAGGUGGGUGUAUUGUGCAUGUCACCAAUUAUACGAUUUGGAACUUGAAUCGUUGGCAUAUGUUCUUCCAUGGUCGGAAUUUCAACGCAAUGGGUGCGCCAUAAAGAGAAUGAUCCUAAAUCUUGAGUCUAUUGAACCUGUUCAGUGUGAAUUUCAUUUUGGAGAAUGUGUUGCAUUGGGUGCUUCCCGUCCUUUUCUCAUCUUCAAACUUGCAACUAACAUGGCUACUUUCUGAUGCUGAAACUUUGUUGCUCAAAAAUUAGGACCUUUGGAAUAACCAACACGAAGAUGGUGCAAAAAAAGUCAGCGGUAAGUCGUCCUCACAGGAAAUUUACAUUUGCUAUCUGCUUGUAAGAAAUUAUGAAUAAGCUUUCGUACUAAUGGUGGUGAAUACAACUCUUCCUAGAGGUUAUCACGGAGUUGAAAGGCUUUUACGUGAAGACAGCCCAAAUCAUCUCUACCCGACAGGAUUUAUUCCCAAAAGAAUACACCGACGCCUUGAAUGGAUUUACGGACAGUCUGGACCCGAUGGAUGCAUCAUUAGCGAAGGCAGUUGUUAUCAAAGAACUUUUGCAUAAGGAUGAAAAAUUCAGCGAUGUCUUUUCAGAAUUUGAUGACGAACCACUAGGUUCUGCUUCUGUUGCGCAAGUCCAUCGUGCUGUCCUAUCCGAAAAGUAUGGUGGUCGGGAAGUUGCUAUUAAGAUCCAACGACCCUCUAUUGAAUCAAAAUUGCUGGGAGAUGUAGCCAAUCUGAAGGCCGUUUCAAAGGCCUUGCGAGCAUAUCUGCCGCUCGAUUAUUACACGGUUUUCAGUGAAUUGGAAAGUCAAUUGGCAGACGAAUUCGAUUUUGUAGCUGAGGCUGUCUCUAUGGAUCGAAUCUACCAAUCAUUGACAAGAUCGGCAGACGGUUCAGAACUGACUGAGCCACCAAUUGUAUUACCACGUCCCGUACAAGGUCUAGUGUCCAAACGGGUUCUUGUUAUGGAUUAUUUGAAAGGAGUUCCUCUUUCGCGGGCUCGAGAGGAGAUGGCAAAACGAGGAAUCGAUCCCGAGAGUCCAGAGUCAAAACUGUUUGGAAGAAAACUUUUGAAGGCUCUCACAUAUUCCUUUGGCAGGUAUGUCAUUUUUGAAUUUGGCCAACCACAACCCGAAAAUUAUCGCACAAACUAACAAUUUCGAAUGCCGCUUUUCUUUUUUCUCCUGGAUAAAUGAAAUUAAAGGAAUAUUUUGGAGACUGGAUUUUUCCAUGCUGGUAAGUCCAUGAUUUGACAAGACUUUUAUGGCUACUGUAUCUCGACAGUUCUAUCCACUCAUCUUGUAUAAUCGUAUUUCCUCCGUCGUGCAGAUCCACACCCUGGAAAUAUUUUUGUUUUAGAAAAUGGAGAUAUCGGGUUGAUUGACUUCGGCCAAGUCAAACAAAUUUCAGGCCGAAGCCGCGAAACGCUUGCGAAAGUUAUGAUUGCAUUGGAUGAGCGGAUCGGGGACGACCGACCAGAGGAUUUGGAGAAGAUUGGAAAUCUGGCUUUGGAAUUGGGAGUUGCGUUGAACGAUGAUGCUCAAGACGAAGCUGCCGCAGCAGUUGCAAUGUGGCUUUUUGAUGGGGCAACAGAGGUCCUCCCCGGAGGAUACGACAAGGGCGAACUUUCUCCCAACUCGCCAGUGAAAGAGCUCGAAUCCUUCCCUCAGUAAGUCUUUGCAUCAAGAUCAUUGUACACAUCAUAGAAAUUGAAGAAUUCGCGGUACUCACUUUUUUAAACAUCACCAUGUUAGKGACUUGGUCCUGGUUGGUCGGUCUUCUAUUCUCAUCAAGGGUAUCUCMGACCGUUUGAAUGUUCCGUGGAGUCUUGCAAAAGAAUGGGCUCCGAUCGCAAGAGAUGUACUUUACGGUAGUGCUAGCAAAAGUCAAGCAGCGUCCACUCCAACUGACGACCGAGUAAGAUUUAAAUCGGUCCUAAGUACGCUAAAAAAAUGGUCAAAAGGCAGGACCAAGAAAUUUGCAACAAAACUUCCAUCCCCAAUACGGACUCGGUUGGCAGCUUAUCUUGUGAGGAGAGAAGAACGCUUGUCGAGAAAGAAACUAACGGGACGCUAAGGAGAAAAACAAUUUGAUUGACAGAAAUCGAGACAAAAGAAGAUUUCUUUCUAGAAGGACAAAAAAUAGUCCGAAGUAAAAUUUGUCCACAUCA